UUCCGCCAUUUUUUCCAUCGAAAAUUGGCAAGUCGAUUUCAAUAUGGCGCAACUUGGGCUAGUUCUAUUACUUCUUCUCUCCCCUCGGCUUUUCCGUGAAAUGCGCGUGAACAUAUAACUCGUUCUCUUAUUCCAAGUAGCUAUUUAUUAUCAGGUUCUCUGUUGGCCUCAUAGUGCCGCCGUUCCGCCACUGUGGAGAGAUGGUACAUGUUAGUGAAGUAUCAAUUAAUCCUAGUACUGUGCUUUGUUAUUCUCCUGUACUCAACACAGCCACUAAUGGUCAUUGAUAGUUGUUGGUCAUUGGUUAUACGUUAUUUUUCAAAUUUCCAUCAGCUUCGAUGUCAGAAUUUUAAUGUGAAAGUGAAUGAAGAUUGCUGUGAGAAUAUACAUAUUUUUUUUCGUUCGCAUAGUAUGCAUAUAUAAUAACGAGGUGUAUCUUAAUGGGGAUUGGGAAUCUGAGCGAGCUACUGAUUGUUGAAUUCUUAAUGAAAAAAUCAAUUAUAAUUAGCCACACACCUAUCACAAAGGCUAACAUUCUCUAUGCUUCAUUGCAUACUAGGCACCUUCAAGAAUUGGAUUUAUAUUAGAUGACAAAGUAUCAUCGUAAUUACACCAACGAGAGACUUGAACCAAAUUAUAAACGAGGAGGGAAACAACUAAACAUUGGAGAAAAAAAAAUUUAAUUUUAACCACGGCUUUCACGGAGAUGGUUGGUUUGGCGGGCGGGGGAACUCAUCUCUAUCCCUCGCCCCAAAUGCAAUCCAAUGCUGAGUUGAGAGAAAUGACUGGAAUUACCCCGAGUGCACCGACAAGUGCUGAUGCUUGUCUCAGCAUCGUUCAUUCUCUUAUGUGCCAUCGUCAAGGGGGGGAGAGUGAAGGCUUCAGCAAACGUGCCAUUGAAUCUUUGGUGAAAAAGCUCAAGGAAAAACGAGACGAAUUAGACAGUCUCAUUACUGCCAUAACAACCAAUGGUGCACAUCCUAGUAAAUGUGUGACAAUACAAAGAACACUUGACGGUAGAUUACAAGUAGCAGGACGAAAAGGUUUUCCUCAUGUGAUAUAUGCAAGGAUAUGGCGAUGGCCGGAUUUACAUAAAAAUGAAUUAAAACACGUUAAAUAUUGUCAAUUUGCUUUUGAUCUCAAGUGUGAUUCCGUCUGUGUGAAUCCAUAUCAUUAUGAGAGAGUUGUAUCACCAGGAAUAGAUCCGUUCUUUACAGACCUCUCAGGAUUAACACUUCAGUCUGGCGUUGGUGUGGGUCCUGGUGGCCGACUUGUUAAGGAUGAGUAUACAGUUGGAGGGGGCGGAGUAACUGGUGCUGGAUCUGGAGUUGGUGUCACAACGGGGAUGGAUGUUGAUAGUGAACUCAAUCAGACAAUUCAACAUCAUCCACCACCACAGCAGCAGACGGCAUCAACAAAUUCCCAUCAACAGAAUCCACAACAGUACUUGCCAUCGUUAUCAGCAACUAAUGCAGCCAAUGGUGAGGGUAUAUUCGGCGGGGGCACGGGGGAUAGUGGUGUUAAUCCUCAUACAAAACUAGAAGAGGGUAACUGUCCAAGACAGACUUGGAUACCAACGCCUCAUCACAUCAAUACAAGAAACAUGCAUCAUUCCGUAGUGCAUCAAAUGGCUCAUCCGGCAGCAAAUCCACAGCAACAACAACAACAGCAGCAGCAGCAGCAGCAACAACAACAACAACAACAACAACAACAACAGCCACAGCAACAACAAUCACAACCACAAGUGACAGCAUCACAACAAUCGCAACAGCCACUGAAUCCAGCAAAUGGAAGUGGCAAUAGUCAGAUAUUAAAUUCAAGCCAAGGCCAAAGUUCUGAUCAAUUUUACGCAACUGGUACUCCGGCGGCGCAGGAUCUAAAUCAAACAAGUGCAGGAUCAACUGUUGAUGCUCUAACGGCGUCUUUAGCAGCUGGAACAAGCCAAAGUUCUCCAGUAUCGCCGGUUCAUUUACAUCAUGAGAAUGGCUUCAACGUGGCAGCAGCAGCAGCAGCAGCAGCGGCAGCAGCAGCAGGCAAUCCAUACAACACAGGUGCACCACAAUGGACCGGAGCAAAUACUCUUACUUAUACUCAAACAAUGCAACCACCAGAUCAUCGACAUCUCCAUCCAACUUCGUAUUGGGGUACUCAUGGUAGUGAUGUUAGCGGAAAUUUAGGAGGACUAUUGUCAACUCAACCAGCCCCAGAAUACUGGUGUUCAGUUGGAUAUUUUGAACUUGAUACCCAAGUUGGUGAAACAUUCAAAGUUAGUAGUGGAUGUCCAACAGUGACAGUUGAUGGUUACGUUGAUCCAAGUGGUGGAAACAGAUUCUGCUUAGGUGCAUUAAGCAAUGUUCACAGGACAGAGCAAAGUGAACGGGCUCGGCUUCACAUUGGUAAAGGUGUUGUUUUGGACUUGCGUGGUGAGGGCGAUGUUUGGCUUCGAUGCCAAAGUGAACACAGUGUUUUUGUUCAGUCGUAUUAUCUUGACAGAGAAGCCGGAAGGGCUCCCGGUGACGCUGUUCAUAAAAUUUAUCCUUCAGCCUACAUUAAAGUUUUUGAUUUGCGCCAAUGUCAUAAACAAAUGAGAGGCCAGGCUGCCACUGCACAAGCUGCUGCGGCUGCACAAGCUGCCGCGGUCGCUGGUCACUUGACUCAUGGAGCGCCCAUUACCAAAAGUUUGAGUGCAGCUGCAGGAAUCGGUGUUGAUGAUCUCCGACGACUCUGUAUUUUACGGUUAAGUUUUGUCAAAGGUUGGGGUCCCGAUUAUCCAAGGCAAAGUAUUAAGGAAACACCCUGUUGGAUAGAAGUACAUCUACAUCGUGCUUUACAACUUCUCGAUGAAGUACUCCAUACAAUGCCCAUUGAUGGACCUCGUGCUAUCGAGUAAUUUAUUAAAUACUCCUCUGUAAAUUUUCAAAUUAUUUGACAUGAAAAAAUUGCACCUGCUGACAAGAUAACGCGGGUUUUUGUUCACCUUGCGGUCUUGGUUUGAAUGAGGUACAAAUUUUUUGAGAAUAUUUACACUUGAAUCAACAACAUUGACAACAACAACAACUAUUACUACUACUACUACUACUACCACUACUACUACUACUACUACAACUGUCACAGUUUAUCACUAGACGGAGAGGAGAUGAAAUUUUAUCGCAAAAUUAUUUUUAAACAACAAAAUUUUAUUGAAAAAGGAAAAAAAAUGAAAACAAAUAUAUUUUAAUAUAAAUGAACCAAAUAAGAAUCAGUCUUUUGGAUUACUGAGUACUCGAGUAUCACUUUCAUGCUUAAAAAAUAAAGAUUGAGAUUAGCCGUAGAAGAGAUAUAAUAAAGUUUGUACGAAUACUUUUGACAUUCACUUUGGAACUAAUGGUUUACUUCAUUCAAUUAAUUACUGUUGUGUCUCUUCAUAUACCAUAUAUAUAUAUAUAUAUAUAUAUAUAUAUAUAUAUAUAUAUAUAUAUAUAUAUGUUAUAUACGACUGACAACUAUUUGAUUAGAGAUACUCUAAAGAGAAUGUUCAAUGUAAAUUUCAUAGAGUAUAGAAACUUUGAAAAUCAACAUGGGUUUCAUGAUUGGAGAAAAACACCCACAAUACAUGCAUGUUUACAUUGAUAUUAAUUGAGGCAUCUUGACCAAAAUACCGUUUCAUACUUUCUAUCAUCUGUUAGUAUGAUGUACAGAUUUUCCUCAAAUUUGUUUGUGUAUUGAAUAAGAAUCUCAUGGAGAACAACUCGUCAGAGCUCUCUAAUGUAGAUCAAGGAGCAAGUAGAAUGCAGUAAGAGUGGUCGAAUUCUUUCAAGGCCAAAUAAUUCAUCAUGUUAUUUAAAAUUAGCCAUAAAACAAAUGAAAAAAAUAAUAGCCUCAACAUUAAAUAUAUUGCAAUGAUAUAAUAAUAAUAAUAAUAAUAAUAAUAAUAAUUACAACACUUUUCAUUUCAAACCGAAAUGUGCCAUCUCUUGAAUGAAAAUGGAAAAAAAACCAAGUGGAUAAUAUACUUUGCAAACAGUAGAAUAAUAUGAUACGAAUAGAUAAGGAUCAAUGUUUCAAAUAAGAAUAAAUUUUUUGUACGAUGCGAAAUAUUCUUAAGGUGUUGAGUCCUAGUAAUCCGGAAUGAUGAUCGUAUGAAUGAUUGAUAAAAAUAGUAGUAGUCUCAAAUAAUGCAAUAAAUGCACUCACUCAUUUCUAAAAUUAUCAUUAGUAUAUGCAAGUAUAUCACAACAGUACGAUAAUUUUAAGGAGGGAUAAUUUAGAUUCAUUUUACUUUGGUGGUGAUAGAAACAAGGAAAACUGUACGCACACAAUCAGGAUUUAUUCAAUCAUAUUCAACAAUAUUAAUACCAACGUUCGGCAAACAUAAAUAAAAGCCAAGCCGGCAAAUUUAUAGAUAUCAUCCAUCAUUACAAAAUUUCUCAUUGCAUUUCAAUAAUCGAGUGAAAUUCAUUAAAUGCGAGAAACCCGUCGAGUUGUCUCAUCUGAGAAAUAUAUUAUCUAUAUAUAAAUGCCAAAGAAUUUUUUGCCGAGUUGAGUAAAAAUUUUGUCCCAACAAUUUUUACUUUCGAGAAAUAAUUGAAUCCUUCUUUCUCUUUCGAUCCCAGCUCCAAAGAGGAUAUGGUGAGGUAUGAUGUGUAAAAGUUGUAGAUGUAGGGUGGUAAGAAUCUUGUAUGUGGAAAAAAAAUAUGUAUAGAAAAAUGUCAUUUUUUUUAAUUUUUU